AUUGUCUUUGUGUUUCUCCACUCACAUCUAUGACGAUAAUGCUAAUGCUAUGUGUGUGACUAUGCGGGGGGAAUAACGUUGCUCGGCAAGCUAGGUCACUUGGCUAGGAAGCUACGUGCUAUAGCAAAGCUAACCAUAACCUCAUUCUGCGAUUCAACGUCGAGACAAGUCGGGAUAAGACCAGUCUCAGGGUUCACCAUACUCGAUGAGCGGACAGCGCAAUGUCAGAGCGCUCUGGGCAAACUGCAAAGGGGAAGGAAGGCAAAACCAAGUAUGCGUCUCUCAACCUGUUUGAUACAUACAAAGGAAAGAGCCUUGAAGCACAAAAGCCUGUUGUUCCCUCCCGCCAUGGCUUGCAGUCUCUCGGUAAAGUCGCCUCUGCCCGGCGUAUGCCACCCCCUGCCAAUUUGCCAAGUCUGAAGGCAGAGAAUAAAGGCAACGAUCCCAACGUCUCGCUCGUUCCCAAAGACGGCACAGGAUGGGCAAGCAAACAGGAACAAGCAGACCCAAAGAGUACCGAUGCGUUGUCAGCACCGCAGCAGGAACCGCCGCAGCCUGUGGCUUCACAGACGCCUGCACCCACCCGCCCGAGAACCCCGCCAGCUUCAGAGGUGCCAACAGUCACGGCUAUGGCUGCAGCUUCAACCCAGGCCGUAGGGGCAAGGUCCUGGGCACAGGCCAGUGUUACACUUGGAGUACAAGGGGAUGGUGGAAAGGGAUCAAACCUACCAUCGCCAUUCUCUCGCGAGGAAUUUCCCACCCUGCAGGCGGCUGGCGACCAGGACAAAGCUGGCAAAGAACAGGGCACUGCAGAUCAGUGGUAUGGGCCCGGACCAAGCCUCCGCCCCCAGAACGUUACAAGUUGGCGGGACGGUGGGGGCCGAGGCCUGGCACCCACCCUCUCUGGGGAGGGGGCGGCAGAGGGUGGCAAUGGUGGGGCUUUGGUGAUGGAUGGGGCAGCCGGGGUCCCACCUCAGAGCUCCCAGUCCCACGUGCCACCUAGGAACCCUCCCGCAGGCAGCCCCGCCCUGCCCUUGCCUCAGCCCCCCGUUGGGCCCGGGUUUCCCCAAUUCAGAGGGAUCCUGCCUCCAUUUAUGUAUCCACCUUAUUUACCUUUCCCGGCAAAUUAUGGUCCUCAAGGCCCCUACAGGUUCCCACCACCUGGAGAAGGGCCAGCUCCAAGGUUCUCUCGGUCACAGGUUGGUCCUGACAACAGGUCCCAGGUUCGCCCACGAGACGCAGGUGGAGAGAUGGUCAAGCGACCCUCCAUCCUAAAGCAGGAUGACCUGAAGGAGCUCGAUGAACUGGAUCACGAUGGAGACGAGGGCUGGGCAGGGGCACAAGAGGAGAUUGACUACUCCGCCAAGUUGAAGUUCAGUGAUGAUGAAGGAGAUGACGAGGGUGAAGAGGACACCACAGAGAGCAAGAAUGACUUGAAUGAGCAGCAGAAAUCCCAGGAGGCCUCAUCUGCAACCUCAUGCUCUCGAGCCUCAGACAGCAGCGGAGAUAACCGUCACACGCCUCCAUCCAACACUGACAACGACCCCCAGACCUCCUCCAACAAGCCGGGAUGGGUUGAGGAGGGAGGCAGCGGCUGGGGCGGCCAAGGAGCACCAGCCAACUACCAGUAUGGCUUGACUGUGUCUGCCUGUAUACAGGGGCGCAGGCAUGGGCUGGGUGGUCACCGGGAGCAGCCCUCCCCCCCACCUGGGCCACUCCUUGGACAAGGGCCUCACUCCUUUUACCGACAGGACCGUUCCCACAACCAGAACGCCUCAUCAGGCUCCGGAAAACCUGUCCACACGCAGCAUCAGCCACCAGCAGGAGGCCAGACCCCUCCUCCCCAGCCUGGACUGCUGGUCCACGGUGUACCAGGGGAUGAUGAAGAUGAGACAUGGCGUCAGCGCAGGAAGCAAUCUUCCACCGAGAUCUCUGCUGCAGUGGAGCGGGCCCGUCGACGCCGCGAGGAGGAGGAACGCCGAAUGGAGGAGGAACGGCGUGCGGCGUGUGCAGAAAAGUUGAAAAGGCUCGACGAGAAGCAGCAGCAGCAAGGCAACAACACGGGAGGAAGCGGUGGCAGUAAAACACCCAGCCUGGAUGGGAAUUCGACGACUGCCACAGCCGGCAGCCUCAGUCCGUCUUUGUCGGCUUCUGCAUCUUCCCCCAACGUCAGCCAGCCCCCUUCGCCAUGUGUCGACCCUGAAGAGCCUCCGACACUGUCUGUGCAGCCGGGAGCAGGUCUUGGUGUCAGUGACAGACAGCGAGCAAACAGCAACAGUAGCUACGAUUCCAGCACUGAUGCCCAACAUUGUCCUCAGCCAGCUGUGUCUCAGCCACAGCAGCCUACAUUGGAUGUACCUUCCCCGGUAGACAAAGAAGAGACUGUCUGCACUCCUCACGUUCGACCUGGAAGCGGAAGUGAAAGAGGAACUGAACCGGUGAAGAUUGAGAAUAUUGGCGCCGGGUCAGGCCGUCAAGCUGUUGGACCUCCAGGCCAGGGUUACUCCAAAUACCAGAAGUCCCUGCCGCCUCGUUUUCAGAGGCAGCAGCAGGAACAGCUACUGAAGCAGCAGCAACAGUGGCAACAGCAGCACAGUCAGGCGUCCCAAAGCCAGAUCUCCCCGCAACCGCAGCCACCGCAGGGUCCUUCACCGGUUUCAACUCCCCAGCCAGGGUCUGGACCCAAGCAGGGUGGACCCAUGUAUCAACCCAGCAAUUUAGUCCGGCCGUUGCCGAUGAAUUUUGACCCUCGCUGGAUGAUGAUGCCCUACAUGGACCCACGUAUGAUGCAGGGUCGUCCACCGCCAAUGGACUUCUAUUCAACCGGCAUGCACCCAUCAGGGCUUAUCGGGCGCGAGCGAUCUGAUUCCGGAGGAUCUGGUUCAGACCCGUUUGACCGGCAACAGCAACAUCCAGGGCACCCUCACCGUGGCACUCCUCCAAUUGAUCCCAAGUUGGCGUGGGGCACCGAGGUGUUCCCCGGUGGAGGGGAAGCUUGUGGGUUAAAUUCUCCUCUGAGGCAAAGGCAGACAUCAGAGGACGAGGAUGCGGCCAAAGGGCCCAGGGGUGACACUCCUCCGCAUCGCAUUCGAGAGGGUGGCUUGGGACCCAUCAAGCAGCCCAACGCAAGCUCUGGGCCGUCGAACCAGACACCCCCGCCUGUUAGCGGACCGGGCGGCAGCCACCACCCUCAUCAUUACAUGAGCGGCGGGCAUGGCAACUACAACAACUUUCCUGACCAAGCUGCGAGGAUGCCAUCGCUCCAGCAGCAGCAACAGCAGCAGCAAAGAGCCGGCGACAGGGGAACCCACUCCCACGGCUUCACCCACCAGGAUGACAUCCCGGCACGUGGAUCUCAGUCAGGCCAAUUAUGGGCGGCUCCGCACCCUCAUUACGACCGUAAUGGCGGCCGUGCAGAACACCCAGCUGGAGAGGGUAACAACUCUCAUCACCACCACCACCACCACCACCAUCAUCACAACCACCACCCUCAGCAGCCUCACUACACUGUCCAGCCUCAUAAGCCCGAGAACAGCCAUGACAGGAUAGUCGAGCCCGUUCCCAAGAAGACCAACUCUUCUCCCCCGCUACAACAAUCUUCUCUAUCAUCUUCAUGCUCCUCCUCUUCUUCUUCUGCUUCCAAUAGAGAAGACGCCAGUGUCAAGGCCGCUUUGCAACAUCAUCAUUCUCACAGAGAAGGUGAAGCUAAUGUCGGGCAAAGUCUCGGCGAAAGAGGCAUUAGCGUCAGCGCCGCCGGCGGUGGUGCUCAUGUAAAACAUGAAAAAACCGGCUCCUCCCACGCUACGCACGGCACCGUGAGCGCCAGCCCGCCUCCGGCGCAACACGGCACCCUCUCUCAGCCCCAGCACCAUCCCCAUCCCCAUCCGAGGUCGAACCAAAGGGCGAUGCGGGACCACAAAACGGAGACGCAGUGGGGUCCUCGCCCUGGCAGCACCAACACAGGUGGACCAUCCUCUCAUGGCAGAAGAGGCAACAAUGCAGGAGGUGGGAACAAUUCCCGUGGUGGUGGUGGUGGUGGUGGUGGUGGUGAUGACUCCUCCAAUGCUCUUUUGGAGCACAAGCCCGUCGGUCCGGCAGGAGGCAGCAAUCCUAACAAACGUGCCGGACCAAUCAAGAAGCCGGUGAUAAAAGAGGCAAAGAAAGAGGGAGGAGAAGUUGACGGAGGAGAAAAAGCAAACUUUGGUAAAGAUAAAGAGAAGGAUGUUGGCCAGUCCGCUUCCGUAAAACAGGACGUCGCCGCCACUCAUAACACAUCAGCUGUAUCGGGUAAAGAAGAGCCUGCUAGCACAGUAAAACCCAGAAAUGGAGGGAAAGAACGGCCACCAGCAGGAGGAGGAGGAGGAGGAGGUGGUAGUGGGUCGGGUAGAGGCCCGAGAGAGGCAGACAACACGUCAGGUUUUUCCGGGCCCCCUUCUCGGAGGGACAGAGACCGUUCUUUUGAGAGAAGAGCGAGCAAUUCCCACAAUCACGGAAUGACCAACAAAUCCACCCGAGGCAGUCGCGGACGAGGCGGGGAAUUUUUUGCUCGCGGUCGCGGUUACAGGGGUACCUACACAGCCACCGCCGGCCCGAGCGCUGGCAACAGAGGAAGAAUGGGCGGCAGGAGCGGCAGAGACUAUCGCAUAUCUGUCGCUGGCGGCCAUCAUCACGAUUCCAAGGCGGAGAACCCCGGUGGAAGACACGGUCAAGAUAGAUCCCAGCACAACCCGGCCAGAGCCAGGAAUCGAAGCGAAACGCGCAGCGAGGGAUCGGAGUAUGAAGAAAUCCCCAAGAGGAGGAGGGAGAGAGGAUCGGAGACGGGAAGUGAGAGCGGGGCAAGCGAUCUCGGUCAUUCGGACGACAAAGACGACACCCAGAAACCCAACACCAAGAACGGUUUGGAUAACACCAACACCACUAACAGCGGCAAUGUUUCAUCCGCACCAAGAGGUUCACAGGCUCGGGUUUUCACCCCUCGGGGCGUACCAUCAAGGAGAGGA